UUUUGUCGUUCGUCGCUCAGCGGGCGUUCAUUUGCCGGUAGUCUGUUGGCGAGAAUAGUAGUGCGAACUCGCGGGAGCUGCGAACGCCAUUUGCCCCGUAGCGAAUCGAUGGCGUCUCUGCGUCACAGUGCAAUGCGUGCGAAGAUUGUUAAUGGCAUCGUCUAUUCACCGUACCCUGACUUGGAGGACUUCAAGGAUGUCUCCACAUUCACCUACUUGAACCGAAGAUUGCAAAACUACGGUGACAAAACGGCACUGAUACACGGACAAGACAAAAUAAGCUACUCGCAGUUACUGGGAAGACUCAAGACCGCCGCCAUCGGUUUUCGGUCACAAGGCAUCGGAAGCGGCGACCGCGUUCUAGUGCAUGUCGAGAACUGCAUUGACAGUUUCGUUGCUACCUGCAGCAUCCCGCUAACUGGUGCCACGCUGGUUACAUCUGACGUCACGUUUAAUGAAGAAGAGCUUCUUGACCACACGAAAAGAACGGACGCAACUCACUUGCUCACAGGAAAACCUUAUGUUGAUCUCUUCAACCGCAUAUCAUCGGCUAUAAAGUUCAAGUCAGUGUUCUCCUUGACGGACAUACCUGGAUACAUCAACGUCACAAAUGUUUCGAGUAAUGAAAUUGCGAAGUACGGGGAAUCUCUGGGUCUUCACACUGGGGCCAAGUUUGUUUGCCAUACUACGGGAACAACUGGCGUUUCAAAAAUUAUUGAAAUCACGGAGGAAACGUUCCUGUCCCAAGUUUCCUGCCGAGAAAAAUUUGAACUUGCGGUACCGGAAGAUGUGUGCAUCGGAGGAGGCAACAUUUCCUUUUACGUUUGUUUUACUUAUGCCUUCUUCGUCAUCUCAAUCGGAGGAACAAUUGUGCUACUCGACAAAUACAAUCCAGUGCCUGACGUCUUCGCAGCAUUCCGAGAUCACAAGGUGACCGUCGUGCACGGAACGCCAACGAAGCUUCUUGAAAUUGUUCUUGAAGCUAAGAGAGCUGGGCAGUCGUUUCCGCUAGUGAAGAAAUUCACCAGCCUGGGAACACCUAUCACGGAAAGAACAAAGUUGGCCAUCUUGUCAGCGUGGUCACCUUCCGAGCUGCGAAGCUGCUACGGAAUGACUGAAGUGAGCGGUUACCUUGCAACGCCGCCUAGCGGAGAGAUCACAGCUGGCGACGUGGGCUUCCCAGUCUCUGCAGCACGAAUGAAGGUUGUGGAUCCGAACUCUGGAGCCAUGCUGGGGCCAAACCAGGGAGGGGAAGUGCUCUUUCACACACCUCACGUUAUGGUCGGCUACUACAAAAAUCCGGAAGCAACCGCAAGCUUCACCACGAAUGACGGUUGGAUACGUACAGGUGACUUCGGUUACUACAACGAAGACGGAAGGCUGUUCAUACAAGGCCGCCUAAAGGCCACAAUAAUACCGACCAAAAUAUGUACUGGACUUCCUGAAAUCGAGGAGUGCCUCGCAUUUCACCCCAGCGUUGCCGAGGCCGCUGUCCUGUCGGUUUCGGACUCUUACGCUAAAGGAUUGCCUGCAGCCGUUGUGGUCACCAGGAAAGACAAGGAGCAAAGUCGAGAUCUUGCAGAGGAGAUCAAGAACUUCGUCAGAGAACACCUGCCUGAUGCUCCUGACAUGGAUGGUGGUAUUUACUUCAUUGACGCCAUUCCGAGGAGUGGGUUCGGGAAGAUCAAACGACGUCUCUUAUCCGAGAUUCUACCCUCUUUACCAAGAAUGGAUGCGCCGUGUCUUAGGGCGGACAUGUUACCUGUGCAGUCUUAAGCGUUUAAAAUUGGUAACCAUCAAAUAGUUUAUCUUUAGUCAGAUACCUGUAUACGACCACUGAAAUAAAGAAGUGCUUCAUA